UCCUUUCAUUCUCCUUUCCCGUUUCUUCCAUCCUCUUCCCUUCCUCUGCCAUUUUUCUCUUAAGCCCCAGGGGUUUAUUCACGUCGCUUGAUUUGUUCUUUUUUGUGCUUCCGUUUGUAUCACUGCGACUUUCCGGGUCGAAAAUCUAGAGUAUCGGUCUGGUGUGUCUCUCUACCUGUGAGUUGCCUGCAGUUACCUGCAUGGCUAUCAGUUAAACUGCACCGGGAAUUCGACCCCAGGUUCAUCGGGAGUAACCUGCGUGUUGCUUGCCUUGCUCUGUUUGCACCAGUAUCUAUCGCAUUGCGGUUGGCAGCUUCGUCGAGAUGCAGAAAACCAGCGUCAUGAAUGCCAUUCCUAUCCAUCCUUUCCCUACAGUGGAUCAACCGACAUUUACUUUCAUCGACCAUGACCAAGACUUUAGCUCCAAGCGAAUUAAGAAUAUCAAGUCUCGUAAGGCCAUCCGGUCUCAUGUUAUGCGCGAUGUGCGUCGUCGUGAACGACUAGCUGGCUUGAAGCGAGGCUCCAAGCGAGAAGCCCAACUGCAGAAACCCUCCAAGCCCGCCCUCAUUUCUGAGAAUUCCUCCAGCGACCAAACAACGUUGAUCUGGAAUUCUUCUUCUCCAUCAUCAUCAUCUUCAUACUCGUCUUCAUCGUCUUCUCCUCCCCAAGUGACAAAGUCCAGUGGCGACCUCGUUCUCCCCCAGUCGGGACAUCAGUCCCUAACGCAAUGGGAUGCCAGCAAUUUCCUAACCACGCCAAGUUCAAAUCCGGUGCCCCAAAUGAUCAGGGAACUCGAUCCAUUUAGUACAUUGCAAUGUGUUGCUGGAAUGCCAUCUAUGGUCCCGGAACUGAUAUUAUAUUAUGAGACUGUAUACGUUCCGACGACGUUUCCAAGUGCGCAAAAUGGGCCAAAACGAGCUAAUAAGGCGUUCACAACCACAUCCGCCUUUUCGGAUGCUGGCAGCUUCUUUGGCUUGAUGAGCAUGUGUGCGGCCCAUCGAGCUGUUCUUUCCGGACGUCAUUCAGAUCUGAUCGACGCAGAAGGCUCAUCAGCCAGUCUUUAUGAUCCAGAUUAUUAUAUUAUGAAGGAUAGAUGCAUUCGGGAGAUGGAGGUCAAAGUACGCGAUCCCAACCGGGCACUCAGCAAUGAAGCCUUUGAUACGAUUGUUAGCCUCCUGACCAGCGCGUUGAUCGUGGGUCUUUUCUCGGAAAUCAGGAUCCAUCUCCAAGGUUUGAAACAUAUGGUGGACAUGCGGGGAGGCAUCACGGCCCGCAGCGUUCGAAGAUCAUCUAUCUGGGCUGCUAUUGUCACAGCCGAUAUCAAGGCUGCUUCAGGCCUCAUGACUGCACCAGUAUUUCCGUUGCUUUGGGGUUCGAAGCGCGUACCAGUGGAUGUCCAAGCGCGGAUUCAGCCGUCAGAGUUCUCAUCAGUGAGCCGUUUUGGAAAAGCUCUCUGUGCAAAUACACUGCUGAGUUGCUCUCUACGAAGGGCCAUUCAUGCGUUUCGUGGGGUUGCCUUUUAUAGCGAGGCAAUUCAAACAAACCAGCAUGCUCUCCAGCCCAAAGACCAUGAAUUCUUCCGCCUUUUCAUAUGCGAGAUAGAGCAUCGAUUGGUCAGUUAUGUCGAAUCCGAGCCCAAAGCGACAAUUAUCCACCCAAUUGAAGCGGUCACCAGGACAGCGGCAAUUUGCUACCUCAAUAAUCUUUUGAUUGUCUCCCCACCGUCGACGGGUCUUGGCCGUGCACUCACAAAACAUCUCAAAAUGGCAGCAAAGAAUUGCACACUUCGACUGCUGGCACAGCUACCGGAGGAGAACGCCGUGCUUCUUGCAUGGGCACUGUUUAUCGGGGCCCAGGGCUCAACAGGACAGAUUGAACACCAAUGGUUUAUUGAGCAACUCGCAACUAUCACGGUAAUUUGUGGUUGGAGUCACUGGGAUCAUGUGUCAGGUCUCUUGACUGAAUACCUUUAUGUUUUUCAGGUUCAAUGCCAGAUCUGGAAAACCAUCUGGGACAAAGUUGUCGCUUUUGUUCCAACAGGCAUCAUUGGACCAUACUAGGCUCAUUCUGCAUGUUAUGGACCAUUCAUACCCUAGCUGUCUUUUCUGGUUCUUCAUUCAAAUAUGUGUAAACUUGUCAUAUUAGCCUCUUGUGUUGAUAGAAAUUGUUCUUGUAUAAGUAUUCUAGCGGUUGAUACCCGAUAAGAUAGGAGGAUAAUUAUAAUGCUUUUUAUUGGCCAUUGGUUUUCUUAUGUCAUCCUCCGCGAUGUCUUCCGAUCCAUGGCUUUUUGCGCAACCG